AUGACGUCAGAAAUUCCUUUUAUAUCGAAAUCUAUCCAUAAACAUGAUCGACCUUUGCUUGAAUAUUCUACUCUAAAUGGUAUAUUAUCCAAUAAGUUAUUAAGUCCAAUAACAGAGAAUUCAACUGAAAUUCUUUCAACACCCAUUCCAAUCAACAAAAUAUGUGCAAAUACAUCUCAAAAAACGAUAAAUCUUGCUUUGAAAAAUGAUAAUUUAACAGUCGAUGAACUUAAUCAUAUAUUUAUACAAAAAUUUCAUCAGUGCAUAAAAAAUUUUCAUGAUAUACAAAACUAUCUGAAUAAAUUUGAUCAACAUUUUAAAGAAUUAUCAAUCAUUAUUGAAUCUCUUCGAACAAAUAAAAAUUUAACUAGUAUCAUUGAACUCAUUGAAACACGUCUAUUACAAAUGAAUGUUAAACGAAAUCAAAUUGAUCAUUUACUAAAUCAAUCUUCUAUGAAAAAUAUUAUAGAAAAAAUUACACCAUUUGUUCUCAAAUCGAAAUUAACUAUAGAUUAUAAUGAAUUAUUAACUUCAAUGCAAUUAAGUAUGAAUCAAGAAACAACUUUAAUUGAUCAUCUUAAAAAUGAAUAUCGAUAUACAAAAUAUCAAUUGAAUGAAUAUUCAUUAAAACUUAAACAACGACAUGAAUUACUUAUUAAAUUAACAAAACAAAUUCAACAAUUUUUAAUUCAACAUGAUAGAAUAAUUAAACAAACAAAUCAUAUAUCAAUUAUUAAUCAACAUAAUCGACAAUCAAACGAAUUAAUAAAUUUAUCAAAUGAAUAUGAACAACUUCAAAUUGAAAAUUCUUUAUUAACAUUAAAAGCUAAAGAAAAUCUUCAAAGAUUUUCUAUGAUUAUGCAAUCAAAUCAUCAUUAA